AUGAACAUUUCGGCGUUUGUUUCUGCGCCCCAGAGCGGCCGCAGCGUCUCCAAGAAGCGCAGCAGGAUCAAAACGUACUCGCUCAAGAUGCUCCGCCAGUACGUUCCGCGGGAGCUGCCUCUGCUCGUCCGCGUGGCGUCGACAUCCCAGGAGACGGACUUCGUCGUCUACAACUGCACCUUGUCCAGCCUGACCACCAAGAACUCGUGGGGCGUGUCGUACCGGUACUCGGAGUUCGUCGCCUUCCGGACGAAGCUGGAGCAGGAGUGGACGUGCCAGGACCGCAAGUGCUCCGGGUCGUGCCAAGCCGUGCGUGAAUACGUGGCGGCGUGCUUCCCCAAGAAGCGUAUGGCCAUCAUGUCCACGAACCCGAGCACGAUUUCCAGUCGCAAGAGCAAGUUUGAGAACGUGCUGAUGCAUCUGCUGCGCUGUGUAUUGCUGCCCGGUAGUGCGAUGAAGUGCUUCCAUGCACGCCAGCAUCUGCCCAAGAACCUGUUCGAGUUCCUCGGCGUGAAGAACGAUGCCGAUCGGCGGUCGCUGCUGCAGAUCUUCGUCGACAACUACCAGAGCGCGUUGACGGACGGCCACGAGGCCAGUCUGACGUACAGCUUCCACUCCACCGCGUCGACCGUGGACUCGGCGCCCGAUUCGGCUCAGUGUAUGAUCUGCUUGUUCGAUGUGGACUUAGAGCACGAGCACCAGCAGCAGUGCGAAUCCGGUUGCACUGAUGCGGACAGCCCGCCGAUCGUGCUCCCGUGCAAGCACGCCUUCCACCGCGAGUGCAUCUUCGAGUGGCUGCUGUUCGAGUUCCACUGCCCAGUGUGCCGCGUUCGCGUGUGUCCGAACGCGGUGACCAACUAUUGCCGACCGAAGGACCAUGUGCAGUGGUGGCUCGGGGACUUUGAGGAGGAUCCACUCCAUCCGACUGCGAACUAA